AUGAGAGAGGGGUGGGGAGUGAGGAAAAAAGGUCCAACCCGAUGGGGCGACAACGAAGACUGGACGAUUUGCAAGUCAGGGAAACACCAAACACCAAUUAACAUAGAACCUCACAAAAUAUUGUAUGACCCUCAUUUGCAACCGCUUCAACUUGAGGCCACGGCGAUCAGCGGGCUUUUCCAAAAUAAUAAGAAAGAUCUAACGUUCCUGGUGAACGGACAAGGCCUAGGCGUGAAUAUUUCUUCCGGUCCACUUUCAUACCGGUGUCGCCUUUACCAGAUUAAGCCCCACUUUGCCAGGGAAAACCAAAGCGGCUCCGAACAUACAAUAGACGGGCGCGGAUUUGAUGGAGAGCUUCAUUUCAUGGCGUACAAUACCGAAUUAUAUGCAAAUUACACUGAGGCCCAAACGAGACCUCGAGGAAUAGCAAUAGUGGCGGUGUUCUUAACGAUAGGAAAGCUCGACCAUUCCGCAUUUAAGAUCUUACAGGAAAGGUUGUUCGUAAUUGACAAACAAGUAACGUACAGUGGAUCACUUACCCAGCCAGGUUGCAGAGAGUCGGUGACAUGGGUCAUACUUAAUAAACCAAUUCACAUCUCUCAACAGCAGCAAACGAAUAUUUGUUGCGGAGAUAGGAUGCUAGUAAGGGCAGUUGGAUGGCAGUAA